UGAGAUGAUGAAUUUGCUUGAUUUCUUUCUUUCUUUGUGCUUAAUUUUGUGUCAUACUUGCGUUGCAUAUAUGUUUGAGAAAAUUGGGCUGGGUUGUACAGCUGAUAGCAUUUUCUAUCGAGGUGAUAUGAUAUGAUAAUAUGGGGAUUGUUGCUAUCAACUACUAGAUGGCAUACAUGCACAUUUUUCUUUGCACUUGUGUGUAUAGUAAUAAUGAUAAAUUGGACUGGAUGUCACUUUUUCAUUGCUAAAAUGACCUUUGCUUUUCAGUCAAAACCCUCUUCCAUUUUCUACCUUUUAGUAUAUGGACGUAAGCGAAUCACGGACCCCUUUUAAUAUCUGAGUAGAGUAGCAGCGCAACGCUACUACUUU